GUGGCCACGGUGAAAGCUGGAACGUUUGUUCGAUCUCCCGUCGUACAAAUUCGAUCUGGGCAAGUGUGGCGAUCGCCAACUCAGUCACAUCCGCAGGUGCCUGGAAGUCAAAACCCAUCAAUAACAUAUGCGCAGCAUUCUGCACAAAACUCCGCAGGCGCAGGAGUUCAGCGAACCCGGCAAAUGGUGGUCCAACCAGCACAGUUUCAACAGCAACAGCAUACAACUCCGCAACGGCCACUGUACCAGCAAAAACCUUUAGUACAAGGCGGUGGAUACGUGUACCAACAGCAAGUGCGGUAUGUUAGUGAUGGACAUCAACAAAGAGAUUCGCAGCACCAGUACACGUAUGCAUCAGUAACCAGUUCACAAACACAAAUAUCCGGUGAUUUCUCCGCCGAUUACUCAUAUGACAACGGCACGACUUCACUCAACCUAGCUGUACCUAUUCGAGAACCUUCACCAGAACCGGUGGAAGAGGAACCGCCUGCUCCGACUGUGCAAGACCCGUCAACCAGUGAAGCUGCUGAAGAGAACGAUGACGAAGAAGAUGGAGAAAUCGAUAUUCAAAUAAGGAAUGUGGUAUGUAAUUACACUUUGCCGCUACAUAUAGAUCUUCGGAAGUUAGCGUUGAGCACCAAUAAUGUAACGUUCGAUAGAGGUCGUGGGGUAAGUCAACACUUCUCUAUGCAGUUUUCCGAUGUGUAUGUGUCUUGUAUUACUAGCGAUGGUGUUUUUUUACGUCAUUGA